CGCAACACGGCUCGAAGCUCAGUUUCAGCAUGGAGAAUAGGUCAUUUGACGAUGCGGGUCCAACACCCCAGAUCCAAGGUACAGAGCUGCCGUCCUCUUUGACAACUGAUGAGUUGGCAGCGGUCCGGUCGCAUGGUGUUGCAUCCACCGAUGAACCGAGUGCUGCUCGCCAGUCAUCGCCUCGGCGGCAGAAAUGUCGCUUUUUCAAAUCCAAAAAGGGAUGCCGACUUGGAGCAUCAUGUCCGUAUCUACAUGAUGCCUCGGCCAUAGAGGCUAAACAGCCUUCUUCGGGGCAGCAGACACCUGCCCAGUUCUCAGGAAGUGAAAGCCAGAGUUCGGCACAAGCCCUUGUCACUGGGGCCGAGAGGUUGGAGAUUGGUGAGAACCAGUCGAAGCAGAGCUCUGUCGCAGGUUCUGUACAGCCCCAAAGACCAGUUUCAAAAUUGGAGCAGUCAGAUCCAAGAGAGUUCCAAAUCAACCAGUUGAGGCGGCGUUACCGUCCACAGGAAGUCAAUGAUGCUCAGGGUACUACUUUGACUUUUGGCUUGGUACCUUCUGAUCCAGAUUUCCCCUUUGAGCUUGAGAGACUCCACUGUGUCCUUCAUGUCCCAAGCUCAUACCCAAAAGGGCGGCCCACGCUUGCAGUGACCAAUUCUGAAAUGGAAGCUGCGUAUCAAGCAAAUGUCGUCAGAGGCUUCAAUGAGAUUGUCGAUUUUACGUACCGCACCAACAGCCGAGGAACUCUUUUGGCCUGGCUGAACAGUCUGGACCGAAAACUCGAAUCAUUACUAACCACCCUGGAACGUGGGCCAACGCUAAAGUUUUUCGCCAAUCUUGGUGAUGGGUCCACAACUAAAGAACCUACCAAGGCCCCGGAAAAGACUAGCAGCAACGACCUAAGCCAGCCGAGCUUGUCUCAAGGCCAUAGUAAAACGGCAAGUGUUGCUGCUAAGCCAGUACCACAAGCACGAACUGUAGCACCCAAGCACACAGCCGAAGCAAAAGCCGCAGCUGAGAAACGACGAGCAACCGAGACGAAACAGCUCGAAGCUCGCCUUGGAAGACUGCCGAUGUACCAAAAGCUGCCAGAUGGCAGGACAUAUAUUGUUCCCAUCCAGCCCACCAAGAAGGAUCGUCUGCCGCGAACACUUCAAGCGCUCAAGACUGUGAAAUUGAUCGUGCCACCACUCUACCCGCUCGAGCACAGCUCAAUCAAGUUGCAGGGAGUGGAAGGCCCCGAAGUGAAGGCCACAGAAGUGGGAUUCACUCAGUGGGUAGAACAGACUUCACAGCUGAGUCUGGUAUCUCAGAUCAACUACCUGGCGAGCAACAUCCAUAAAUUCGCUGAAACGCCCUUGCCAAAAGAGCAGGAGGCCGCUGAGGAUGUACCUUCCACUUUUGGAGAGGACGAGGUGAAGACAAGCCACAUCUUGUUGUCAUUCCACGGCCACCCGAAUGGUCUGUUCCUAAUCCCAACAGUGGCACUGAGGGGGACAUCGGACGAAUCGAGUUAUGACGAAGACGAGUAUUCAGAUGAAGAGGAAGACGAAGAAGGUGGCGCACCCGUUCCCGCAUCAGUGGACAACAACGCGCCCGGACGAGGAGUCGCACUUUCUUUCCCAUUCUUGGAGCUCUACGGAAUUGAGCUGCUGGAACUCGCGAGUCUCAAUAUCACAAUCAAAUGUGACAGAUGUAAGGUGUCGCUCGACGUCAAAAACGUACCACAAAUCACCGACGAGAAGGGCCAGAUGCCGAAAAUGGAGUCGUGCCGGAAAUGCGCUAAUAAUAUGAGUGUUGCGUUCCGGAAGCAGUUGAUGCAUUCCCAUGCCAAUCGUGCUGGCUACCUUGAAUUGGGGGGCUGUACGAUUGGGGACAUGCUUCUCAGCGACUUCAUCCCGACAUGCUCCGAGUGCUCGACUGCCCAUCCGGCACCUGGUAUAUCUGCAGUCCGUGGCGAGAGUGCCAUGGGUAUAUGCCGCCAGUGCCAUCGCAAAAUGGUUUUCAAAAUCCCUGAGGUGAAAUUCCUUCUAGUGGGAAGUGCAGCAAUCACUGCUCGUGGAGCUCUCCCGCGCAAAAGAAAGCCUCAGGAAGUCCUCGGCAUUGUCGCAGGACAAGAACUUCCGCGUCGCGGUCGUUGCCAGCACUAUGCUAAGAGUCAACGCUGGUUCAGAUUCAGCUGCUGCUCGAAAGUCUUCCCUUGUGACAAAUGCCAUGACGCGGAAACCGAUCACCCGAACGAACACGCAAAUCGUAUGAUAUGUGGCUACUGCUCCCGCGAGCAAAUCUACAGACCCGAGAACUGUGGUAUCUGCAAAGCAGUCCUGAUUGGAAAGGCUGGUAGUGGGUUCUGGGAGGGCGGAAAGGGGACGAGAAAUCGGGCUCUGAUGAGUCGGAAAGAUCCGAGGAAAUUUAAGCGGAUUGGAGGCAAUGCUCCCACUUCGAGCUCAUCGAAGCGGAAGUGA